UUUUGUCCAGCCUUUAAAGGCGGUACAAAGCCUAAAACACCCCCUUUUACAAACCGGUCUGUCUAUUUAUAGUCAUCUUUAAUUCUAUUAUAGCACAACUAUUCACCUGAAAACAAUAUGAAUUGUGUGGAGUAGGGCGUCCAGGUAUACAAACAAGGUUUAGGGUACACUAUGGAACACCCAAUACGUCGACCCAUAGUUACUCAACUUACUGUUGCGUUUCUUCUCACAAUUCUUCACUCAGUUUAUGGAGAGUUUCAGUUCACAAAGUUCAUGCAAGAUUAUAAUUUGUUUGAAAAUACUCCUGAAGGUCCCCUGAACUACACAUUACAAACUACAGGAGCUACUGGUCAGGUGCUAUAUAACAGUAAAGUUGAUGUCCGUGAUGUUUUCCAAGUUAAUGCACAAACAGGAGCUGUUAGUCUGAUCAGAGUGAUCGAUCGAGAGGAUGAACCACAGAUAGCUGUAGAAUUCAUUGCCUAUGAUGUAGGCACAAAUGUUGAGAUCAGGCGACCAAUCACUAUACAGAUUAGAGAUGUAAAUGAUGAAAAACCACAGUUUUCAAGUCAGACCAUGAAGACAUCUUUACCUGAGAACACAGCAGUUGGGACCACAGUAUAUGCUAAUCUACAGGUUACAGAUGUGGAUUUUACCAACUCAAAGCUUAUAGUCACAUGUGACCCAUCAGUCACCUCAGCACCCCAGUAUAAAGAUUCCUGCAACAAGUUUAAACUAAAUAUAGAUUCCGAUUCUAACAAGAACUGGAUAGGUCAUGUGACACUAGCUGAGCCGGUGGAUUAUGAAGUUCAGGCUUUCUAUCAGAUACCAUUGGCUGCUUUUGAUGGUAUACAGACUCAGAUUGGAAGUAUUGAAGUAUCAUUGAUAAACGUCCAGGACACACCUCCCUACUUCACUAGAGCAGUAUCUACUACUGUUACAGAGGGUAUACCUGCAGGUAGUUUCUUGGAGUAUGUUGAGGCAGUUGAUGGUGAUAGAGAGAAUGCCAGAGAGAUUAGAUAUGAACUAGCUUGUGAUAUAAUUAACUUGUGUCAUCCUCUUAUUGACCAGCUAGUGAGAUUGGAUCCUGUAUCAGGAAAUAUCACAACCAAUGUAACUUUUGAUAGAGAGAGUCAGGAUCUUAUUAUUGGGUAUAUAGAUCUGGGAAUUAGGGCAAGGGAGGUAAUAAAUGCCUCAGCCAACAUUUUGGGGAACGAUGCUUCCACAACUGCCUACACAACCAUCAGAAUUAAUGUUGUUGAUGCUAAUGACAACAGUCCAAAGUUUGCUAAAACCCUGUUUAAUGUCAGUAUUGCUGAAGACAUACCCAACCAGUCACCACUUCCUGGAGUUAUAUUGACAGUUUCUGAUCCAGAUUUGGCUGACAAUGCUUAUUUUGAAUUUGAAUUAUCCAAUUACAAUGCAGAAUUUGAAGUAUCACCAUCUAAUGGACAGGGGCAAACAACUGCAAGCAUACUUAUAAAGGAUACUAACUUGAUAAACUAUGAAACAGGACCAACUCAGUAUAUCUUUGAUGUUAUAGCUAGAGAAACCAGGACACCAGAAAGGAGAUCUGGUUCGGCCAAAGUCAUAGUAAAUGUUAUAGACGUUAAUGACAACCUGCCAACGUUUAAUCCACCGAACUAUGACGAACGAAUUGUAGAGACUGCUCCUGGUGGAACUAUUGUUGUCACGGUUACAGCAACAGAUCCAGACUCUGGCAUUCUUGGCAACAGUGGCAUAAGAUUUGGUCUCCUUGGAGAUGGAAGUCCUCUAUUUAAGAUAGAUGAGGUCAGUGGACAGGUGACUGUUGCUAACUGUGCUACACCAGGAUCUGGUUUCUGUAUAAACUAUGAACAGAAAAGCCGUUAUGAUCUAACAGUGACAGCUAGGGAUUCUGGGGGAUCUGGGCAAACAGUGACCUCUAACCUUGUCAUUCAUAUAGAUGAUGUCAAUGACAACAGUCCAACAUUUGCUACCAAGAACUAUAUAAGUUACAUUGAAGAAUUACGGACCGUCCCAAACCCACAAGUGGUCGUGGUGGCUACCGAUCCUGAUAAUGUGGGUGGUCCUAUAUCCUACAGUCUCAUACAAGAAAGUACGCUAAAAUGGCAGAUAGAUUCCACAACAGGGAAUAUUACCGCCAAACAGCCAAUAUUGUAUGAUGAUGCUCCCGGUGUAAAUGGGUCGUUUAUCAUGACAGUGCAGGCAUCAGAUGGACAAUAUGUUGACACAGGAACUGUAACCAUUUAUGUUAUUGAUUUGAACAACAAUGGACCCAAAUUUGAUAUUAGUGAUUAUUAUGGGAAGAUUAAUGAGAAAACUCUUGGAAAUCACUACAUACUGACAGUGAGAGCCCAAGAUAAAGACUCUCCAACCAGUGAUGCUGGAAAGAUAGACUACAGUAUCAACACAGGUGCCUCUGGCAAGUUUAUGAUAAAUACAGCCUCAGGAGAUAUAUCUACCUCACCUGAUGCUACCUUUGACUUUGAUGUCAAGAAGGAGUAUGUUAUGCAGGUGUUAGCUAGAGAUAGAGGUCGUCCACAACAAACAGGGACCAGUACUGUUACUAUAGAGAUUACCGAUGAGAACAAUAAAGACCCAUUCUUUGUACCUUCUACAAUGAGAGCUGAGGUGUAUGAAAAUGUUGCCAUUGGUUACUCGUUGUUUAAAGUGUCUGCACAAGAUCCAGAUGACAACAGUAUAUUACGUUUUGCCUUCACGGAACCAAAAUCAGCCAUUAACCCAGAUGGUGUUCAAGUCAACAAAAACAUUUAUGAUUACAGUGACUUGUUUGCUGUUGAUCCUGUUGCUGGGCAUGUGCUAACCAAUGCUAAAUUAGACAGGGAUAAAGCCUCUGUUGUGACCUUGACCAUGACUGUUACUGAUACCAAUGCCAGUCCACAACAGACUGGAACAGGUACUUUGAUUAUAAACAUCUUGGAGUAUAAUGAUCAGGCACCAGAGUUCCUACCUCACACUAACAUUACCAUUGAUGAAGAGCGACCGAUUGGAACAUUUGUCAUGGCUUUACUAGCUAAAGAUCAAGAUGAUGCCAUAGCAGAAUAUUCACUGCCUUAUAAUCCUAAUAACUACUUUGCUAUUGGAUUCCAAACAGGUGUACUUAGUGUUUCUAGUAGGAUAGACUUUGAGAAAAUUGAACAAACUUACUUCACAGCACUUGUAUACGAUACUGGUGUCCCCAGACUUAGUGCUUCUACAACUGUUUAUGUAACAAUUCGUAACAUCAACGACAACUCACCUAUUUUUACACAGACAUCCUACACUGCACGAAUAAAUGAAGGGGAGAGUGCAGGAAAAUCUGUUGUCACUGUACUGGCUAAUGAUGCUGACAAGGGAGACUAUGGUGUUGUUAGAUAUGAAAUGAAAGAUCCCUUAAACAGAUUCCUGAUUAAUGAUACCACUGGGGAGAUAACUGUUGCCCCUGGGGCAGUACUAGACAGGGAAACUACCCCACAGAUAGAUGUACAAGUGACAGCUUAUGACAGUCCUUUAGAUGCUUCUGUUAGGAGGUUUACUAAUGUCAGGGUAUACAUCUCAUUAGAUGACAUAAAUGAUAAUCCACCAGUUUUUACUCAGUCUAAUUAUGUGGCUACUAUAAUAGAGACAGUACCUGUUGGAAUCCAGGUCUUACAAGUGUUUGCCACAGAUGCUGAUAUAGGAUAUAAUGCAGAAAUAGCUUAUAGGAUAUCAAAUAACACAGGAGAUCCUACAGGUUUCUUUAGUAUUGCUGAGAAAUCAGGAAGAAUAAGAGUAGCCAAGAGUCUGUUAAGGAAUUCUGGUGUCUAUACCUUUAUUGUACAAGCCAGGGACCAAGAUGGUAAUGGACCCUAUACUCAUACAGCCCAUGUACAGAUAACAGUCCUGGAGGCCACUAACUCUCCACCAAGAUGGAUUAUUCCACCUGAUCAGAAUAUGACUGUCAGUGUACUGGAGAAUCAGUAUCUUGGAAUGAUUGUUUAUGAUGUCCAUGCUGAGGAUUCAGACAAGGGAGAUAAUGGUAUAAAUGAUUAUGGAUUCUUUGCUGGGGGAAUUUUCACCAAUCAAACAAAUGAGUUCCUGAUUAAUUCUAUAACUGGUGUAAUCAGUGCAAGGAUAGUAUAUGACAGGGAAAAAGUUCCUAGAUAUGUGCUUCUCCUAAUGGCUAAAGACCGCGGAACCCCCACUCCACUGGAUGCUACAAGAUACCUAACUAUUCAGAUUAAAGAUGUCAAUGAUAAUAUUCCAAAAUUCCCACAAUUACAAGAUGGUAGUACUAGACCUAUACAGAUUACAGUGUCAGAUAACGUUAAUGUCGGUGAUAAAAUAGGGGAGGCUAUUGCUACAGACGACGAUGAAAACCCAAAGAUAUACUACUACAUUAUAGGUGGAAAUGAGAAAGGGAAGUUUUCUCUGGACAAGAUGACCGGCGUGAUGAAGUUAGCGGCUGCUGUGGAUAGUGUACAACAGAAACAGUACAUCCUAGACGUUCAUGCCACUAAUAAUGUCAGUGACUAUACUGUGAUAACUAACAGGAGGAAGAGAGCUCUUUCCCCUGAUAUAGUACAGGUUAUCAUCAAUAUCAGGAAUACUAACGAUGCUCCACCAGAGUUUGAAGAGUCAUCAUACACUGGCUGUAUAUCUACAAGAGCCCCUAUUGGACAGAGUAUUGUUACUGUGUUUGCCAAAGACCAAGACUCCUCUGGUGGAAUCCAAUACAGUAUUAAUUCUGGUAACCGUGAUGAUGGACUGGAAAUAGGAAGUAACACAGGAGUUAUCUACAAUAGGAAGUUGAUGGCCGACUUUAUUAGCCGUGGAGUUAACCAGUUUAAUUUGGUUGUCAGGGCAACAGAUAAACAGCUGUCAGAUGAGUCUGAUGUUUUGAUUUUUGUGACACAAGAAGGUAACGAAGUAGAACUUGUUAUAACUCAGCCUCCUUUAGAAGUCAGACAGUUUGUUGAUCAGAUUAAAACAACAUUUGAAAGUUUGAAAAAUGCCGAUGGUAGCUCAGUUUUUAAGUUUGUUUGUAUAUCUGCUGUUAAAGACCAUGUGACCUCAGGAGAGCAGCAGGAUUCUUACUGGUCAGAUGUGUACCUAUCAGCCAUUAGCAGUACAAACUAUAUCUAUACAGGUGCAGAGUUACUUUCAAUACUAAAUACCCAGAAAGCCAGGAACACAGAACCAUUUGAUCUGCUGUAUAUUAAAUCUUUAGGUGUAGCUGAUGAUGAACCAACCUAUGUUGAUGGCACACCUGCUAUGGUAGUGAUGAUAAUUGUUUUGAUUUUAUUAUUUUUUAUCAUCAUAUUUGUGAUUGUUGCUUGCUUUUGUAUACGCAAAAGUAAACAAAACAUGAAGCAUAAUUUAAUACAAAAGAGAAAUUCAGACAGAUUGCAACAACCAGUGCCACCAAUAGUGAUAGAAAAUUUUGAUCCUGUAAUGUAUGACAACAAAGGAUAUGUGCCUGAAGAUCCUGCAGUUCAAUAUGCUACUGUUCAAAAAACAUUCAUGGAAACUCGACCACGAGAACCUGUUCCUCAAGAGCAAGUGAUAGUUGGUCCUGAAUCUAUUGAUGCAGUGAUCCGUGACAACGAUGAUGACAGUAGUGACAGUAGCCAAGGAAGUACUCCACCGACUCCACGGAGAUUGGUUGAACCAGAAGUGGAAGAUUUCCGUAUAGAAACAGAAGUUUAUGAAGAGUGAUUUUAACAUUGUUAUGUCUCAUAUAUUAUGCAAUGUCUUUGAACACAUAUUCAGGUAGCAUCAGCCAUGUUAAUCUGAGGAAAAGAUAAAUCCUGUUAUUUACAUUCUUGCCAGGCUGCUGUCAGUUUGGAAUGCUGAGGUGCCAUUUGGGGAAAAUUCUGUUUAUUAAUUAGUUAUAAAUUCCAAAUGUAUAAUGCCACAGAUCAACAUUUAGUAGAUCUUUAAAUUGAAAAAUAGGCAAUGUCUAGGAGUCAAUUUCAUAAAAACUGACGACUUAUUCAUUAGAAUACUGAAUUUUGUUCUUGACUUACGAUCAAUCUUAAUUGUAAGUAUUUUUGUAAAACGACUCUUGAACCUCAAUACCAUAGGGCAUUGGCACAUAAUUUGGAGUGAGUUAGCUUUAAUAAACAAUUCAAGAAAUAGCAUUCACACUUUAUUUCUGUAUACAGCAAUAAAUGACAACUUAUAGAAUUUUAUUAUCAGGAGUAGAUAUUGGUUUGUUUGUUUUGUAUGUUGGUUUAUUUUUUAUCAUUAUUUUUUGUAGAAGAUUUCAUGACUUGUUUUGUAAACAUUUUUAUAUGCACAAGACAUUCCCAGUUAAUAGUGCUAUAUGUUUAAUGUUUAAUUUUUAUGGCAUAUUUAAUACUUAGAUGUUUUUUGUCUGCUUUCAUACAGAUGUUACACUCAACGGUAACAUGAAAACCAGAUGAUAAAUGAAGACAUUUUCACCAAAUAAUCUGAAUUGCAGGCAAUCAAAUGUAUAAUAAAUGUUAACCUGCAUUAGUUAUAACUAUAUAUCAGUAUUUUAAAAGGUUCUUGGUCACAACUUAAAAAGCAAACUUUAUAAACCGUUUCAAAUCACCUUUUAAAGAUUCAUGACAACCAACAAUCAGUUGUGUUUAUGUUUUUAUCUUCAAGGGGAGAUAAUUUCUUACAAUCAAACAGUAAAAUGUCAGAUAAUCUACAAAUUACCAUUUAAAUCUCACAAUAGUUUUGAUCCAGAUUUAUAUAUUUUUAUACCAAAUUUUGUUUUACACCAAUUGUCAUAUCAACUUUAAUGCAUAAUAAUGUACCUUGAUAAGGUAUUGUGAUAUUUUUUGUUUGGUUGUGAUUUAUAUGUGUGUAUUUGUACAACAUUUUUAUACCCAUGUAAAUGUAUUGUGUAAAUAUAUAUAUUAUACACUUAUACAAAAUAAAGAAAUUAGAAAUUU